AUGCCUCCCCAAAAGAGACGCAAGUCGGAGAGCGCCUCCAAUGUUGAUGCUGGUUCUCCACCCGCAAAGAAGGUCGCCCCCAACCCCGAGACUCCCGCCAGCACGGAGACGAAGAAGCGAGGUCGUCCCAGAAAAUACCCCGUGGGAAGCGAGCCCAAGCGUCCUGAUGGCCCCAAGCGCGGCCGUGGCCGUCCCCGUAAACUUGCCAGCGAUGGCACCCCAAAGCCCGCCACCCCCAAAUCUGGCCUCGGACGAGGCAGGCCCAAGAAGACGCCGGUUCAGAACGGAACAAACUCUACACCCGCACAGGCCAAGGCAGAGACCAAAUCGGAGACGAAGGUAGAUGUCAAAGCAGAGACGGUCGCGGCCAAAUCCACCGAUGGGCGCUCCUACUGGUUGAUGAAGGCCGAGCCUGAGUCGCGGAUGGAGAAGGGCGUGGAUGUGAAGUUUUCCAUCGAUGACUUGCAAUCCCGCCAGGAGCCCGAGCCAUGGGACGGUGUGCGCAACCCUGUUGCUUACAACCGAGCAGCACAGAAACACAUGCGCGAGAUGAAGAAGGGCGACUACGCCUUCUUCUACCACUCGAACUGCAAGGUUCCCGGAAUUGCGGGCGUGAUGGAGAUUGUGCAGGAGCACACCCCGGAUGAAUCGGCAUUCGAUCCGACCCACCCUUACUACGACGAGAAGUCGGACCGCGAGAACCCCAAGUGGCAGGUGGUACACGUGCAGUUCCAGCGCAAGUUCCGCGACCUAGUCACCCUGAACGAGCUCAAGAGCCAUUCCAACGGGGGGCCCCUGGAUAACCUGCAGGUGCUGAAGCAGUCCCGACUCAGUGUGACCCCGGUCAGCGUGGAGGACUGGGCGUUCAUCAUAGGGCUGGCGGAAGGCAAAGAACUCCAGGCGGAGGCGGCCAACCCGUCGACGGAGGAGAGUGCGGACGGCCAACAGGCGUCGAGCGAGUAG